AUGGCAUCCCAAAAAACAGUGUACGAUUUAAUAAUUAGUGUACUUUGUUCGUUUGUAUUAAGUAUGUGUUUAUUAUCGAUCUCAUCAAAUAAUUGGAAUGUUACUACUCAUUCUACCACAUCAACAACUAAAAAUGAUAUUAAAUUUUUCAAAGUGUUAUCACCCGCUCAACAAUCUCUCGUCAAUUGGAUCAUGAAUACUAAAACAUUGAUAGAAAUUCGUACGGGACUGUUUCAAACCUGUUUAUCAAAAUUCUGUACAAGUAAUCAGUUGUUUGCUGAAUCAAAUAUUUCUAUACCAUUAAAACGUACACCUGUCCUAGCCAUCGUUGGAGCACUAUUACUUUCCAUUGGCACAUUAAAGUCAUUUAUCGUGUUGUUCAGUUCACAUGUGGGUCCACAUCGAACCUAUAUACUAAUUCCAUUAACUUUAUUUUUGUCGGGUAUUUCAAUGACACUCGUGUUGAUACAAAUGAUUGACAUAAUGAACAUCAAUGGAUAUUCGGGUUAUAUUUACAUUAUUGACACUAUUCUAUCUUAUGUGCUAGCCGGUAUCACAUUAGUUCACAUGGAAUUAUUUUAUAUAUAA